CAGCAUUGCUGUUUCCCAAUAGCUCUGUGUAAAGGCUGCAGAAUUCCUUAAACAGCUUUUUAAACACCUUAAGGUCCAGUCUUCAUCAUGUUGAUGGUCAGAGGAGUAUGACAGCGAGGAUCAUUCUCUGCUUUCUGUCCUGUAGAGCUGCUGGCAUUUCAUGAAACCAGUGUUGUAGUGUACUGUAUGUAGUGAAAGUGGACUAGUCCGUGUGGUUAUAUGGAGGGGUUUUGGGCUGUGUUUUUCCCUGUGCUGAGGGUCUGGUUCACCUGUUUGGUGGUCCUGAUCAUGCUGCCUGCCAUGUUUGGGAUCUCUCUUGGCAUCACUGAGACCUACAUGAAGAUCCUUCUCAAAACCUUAGAGUGGGCAACACACAGAAUCCAAAGGGCAAGUAGAGCAGAGGAGAUCCUGAAACAGUCCGCGUCAAAUGGUUUAAUUCAGCGAGAUAAUUCAUCUUUGGAGCAGGAGAUCGAGGAGUUGCGUCGAAAUAGGCCGAAGUCGGCCGAGCGUGGGGACUUCACUCUGAGCGACGUCAUGUACUUCACCAGGAAAGGCAUUGAGAGCAUUGUGGAAGACGAUGUCACGCAGAGAUUCACGUCAGAGGAGCUGGUGUCCUGGAACCUCCUCACCCGAACCAACAACAACUUCCAGUACAUCUCUCUCAGGCUCACUGUACUGUGGGGAGUUGGCGUUGUUGUGAGAUACUGCAUACUGCUUCCUCUACGGAUUACACUUACAGCUAUAGGGCUGAGCUGGCUGGUGAUUGGCACAACGAUGGUGGGUUUCCUCCCCAAUUUCAGAGUGAAGGGUUGGUUGAGUGAACUGGUCCACUUGAUGUGCUACAGGAUCUGUGCAAGAGGCCUUUCAGCUACGAUUCACUACCACAACAAACAGAACAGGCCUAAGAGAGGAGGCAUUUGUGUAGCUAAUCACACUUCACCAAUUGAUGUCGUUAUUCUGGCUAAUGACGGCUGUUAUGCAAUGGUGAGUGAGACCAAAAUAACACUUCAGUGCAGUAGUUCUCAAAUCUUGUACUCUGCCUGUAAAUUUAACCUAUAUUUAUUUAUUUAUGUUGUGAUUUGUUCAAUUGAUCAAUUUUUCCAUCUCUUCCUCAUACCGUCUUUCAUCAUAACAUGCUGGUCUGUACAUCUUUCUUGUUUUCUCAUCCUCCCCAGGUUAAGAGAUCACGUAAAUAACAAAACAAAGCUGCCAAUACUCAUCUUCCCUGAGGGAACUUGCAUCAAUAAUACAUCAGUAAUGAUGUUUAAAAAGGGAAGUUUUGAAAUCGGAGGAACUAUAUACCCCGUGGCUAUAAAGUAUGACCCUCAGUUUGGAGAUGCUUUCUGGAACAGCAGUAAAUAUAGCAUGGUGAGCUAUCUGCUGCGGAUGAUGACGAGCUGGGCCAUAGUCUGCAACGUCUGGUAUCUGCCUCCAAUGACGCAGAAGGAAGGAGAGGAUGCUGUGCAGUUUGCCAACAGGGUGAAAUCAACCAUUGCACAACAAGGAGGUUUAGUGGACUUGGCCUGGGAUGGAGGUCUGAAGAGGGCAAAGGUGAAGGAUUCGUUUAAGGAGCAACAGCAGAAGAAGUACAGCCACAUGGUGGUGGGUGACGACAGCAGUGACUGAACACAAACUCCAAUGAUCACAGAUCUUCUCCUUCACCAGUCACUGGAAAUACGGCGAGUUGUUGACAAAAGUACAGGAGGGUCUACUCAUACCACUGCUGCUAAAAUACGGUUUAAAGAUAUUUAUAAAUGGAGCAUAGAUAUAAAUAAAUAUGCAUUGCAAAUGCUAUAGAUCCCAGUUUCUUAUGAGCUGCACUGCUUUUCUGUGAAGAGUUUUAUUUGCCGGAAUAUUAAUUGGGUGAAAAGGCUUUUGCGAUUUAUUUGAGAGUCCAUUUUUAAAAUUUAAAAUGUUUAAAAAGGACAAAAUUAUAAAUGCAUGAUUGGGGUUAAUGUUGAGUUUGGUCUAUGAUAAUUUAUUUCUCAGAGCAAAUAAACUUUUGUGCUUUUUAAACAUUUGUUUCUUGUCACAUACGUAUGUCUAGUAUUGUGAUUAGUUCCUGACAAAAUACACUUAAUUUAUUAAACUCAAGGUUGCCACAGCCAUGAAAACCUGGAAAUAUGGGAUCAAUUCAGAUUUUUGGGGGGAAAAAGUGA